CGACUCACAAUAGGGACGCCGAAGGUGAUCUUAUUAGAAUCACAUGGAUCACCAUGGAGGACAGUACGAGCUCUCCGAAACUGAACGAAAAAUGUACAAAUUCUAUGAGAAACGGAAAAAUGCAGUUUAACAACGAACACAAGGAAGACUCUCUUGAUAAUUCGAUUCGGGAUUCAUCGAAGUCAGAUCGUGCCGGUUCUAAGUCAGAGGAAGAUUGCAGAAGGCGUACGAUAAUUGUUGAGAAAAAGAACGGCAGUUAUGGCUUCACUUUACAAAGCUAUGGAAUACACUAUAAGAAGGAACAAGAGCUGGAGAUGAUAACGUACGUAGACCACGUUGAGGAAGGAGGCUCCGCAGCGGCGGCCGGUAUGAAGGAAGGUGAUGUAAUCAUCUCCAUCAACGGCACUGAUAUGGAAAAUGCUGACCACGACACAAUAGUGGGUGCCAUCAACGCGUCAGAGGCGCGGAUGCGUAUUGUCGUGAUCUCCGAGAACUGUGUUAGGAAAGUUGAUUUACACCUUAAUUACAUCAAUAUACACCAGCGUCUGAAAGAUAAAAUGAAGGAGCUGUACGAACUUGAAAGAAGGGAGCGUCAAGUUUUCGAUUCCACCUGGAAAACUCACAGCCUUCCCUCGCAGAAGAAGAAGUCAUCACCUUCAGAUAUUAUUUCAGAUUCAGAAGAGAAUGAAAACAGAACCAAUUCAUACUGCCGCCCCACUUUAUCCAGUGAAAACGUCGCUGCCCAACCUCAAACCAGUGUAUUUAGUUACCAAUAUUUAGAUUCCUUCAAUCACAAUCAGACGUGGACUAUUAAACAAAGUAAACAAACUGGUGGGUUCAAGAUAACAGUUGAUUCACCAGUAAACAGACGGAGCUGCCACCAUUACGUCAAGAAAGCUCCCGAAAAUUAUAAAGCAGCUGCAGGAAAACAUUUAAAAACCCAUCAAAAUCACACCCAUAAUUGUGCUGCAUGUAUUCCAUCAUCCAACAAUCAGGACGCUAAUAGCCUUGAUGCUUACGAUUUGGCAAGUCCAUGUUGUGAUCCACACUGCGUACCCAAUGCGAAGAAGAAACAUCGAAGCAAGGAGCAAUGUUCUAAAGAAAAUAAACUAAAGAAAAACAAUCAGGUGAACAAAUCGACUCAGAAAUCAUGUCCGUAUGUUAAUUCAAACGAAGUUUAUUCAUCUGCCCACUGCUCAGGAAGAUACAAAUGUUUGAUGUCAGAGUCCACGCAAACUAGCCAAUGCAGCUUGCAAUCAUUUGCUGCCAGUAAUGUGACCGCAAUGUGCGAGAAUUCAGUAUCUAGCUACAGUACAUCGCUGAGUAGCGACACAUUGUUUUGGGAAAACGAUAAGUCAGAAUCUAAAUCAUCUCCUAAAAUCCAAUACCAGAGUGCCCAUCAGUAUGUAAAGCCCAAGUCUUGGGAUAAUUUAGCAACGAAAGCGAUAGGGGGCUAUGGAUUUGGUUAUGGAUACCUGGACACUCACAUAAAGCAGUCCCAUAGAUCAAAGAGCCAAGGACGCACCAAUAACAGAAGUCCACAUAACCAUCACGAAUUCCAACAUUAUAAUCAGGAGAACCAUGCGCAGGCACAAACACAAAUAGAGCCUCCCCGCCAUUAUUCAAGAUACGUCCCAAGUCCCCCGUGUCAAUCUUACAAGUCUACGGAGAAUUUGAUACCCGUCCCCAAGUAUCAAAUCGAGAGUAAUAGUUUUGACAAUCACCUGGCAUGCGAUUGUGCAGAGAAAACAGACUUCUAUAGACACGCUAGAGUAUCGAAGAGCCCGGGAGAAGCUCGCUCUAGCUAUUGUGCUCAUCGAAUCCUAUAUCCAACUCACGCUUAUGAGAAGAAAGACUCUAAUGUUAGCUCGGAAUUAACUAGAUUAUAAAUUGAACGGAUUGCUCAAAAGUUUGCCUGUACUGUUACUGGCUUUGUCAUAUGUUUAAUGUUUUACAAAUUCUGAUCCAGAAAUUAAGGGGCGCGAUCCUUAUGAUCUGUAAUACACAGUGCCGGAGUUACCACGUAGUAAAAGUAGCAAUUGCUACGGGCCCCGCGCGAAUGGGGGCCCCGCAUAUUUAAACCGUCUCUCUCUAACUCAUCUGAGCUUAAGCGUAAUUUUUGAAUGAAACUUAUUAAGAUGUGGUUUAUUGAAUUAACUUGAAAUUUGCUUUGAAAACAAUCCACGUCUGACACUCGGUAACAGACUAUUUCCAAUAUAGACCAAGGGCUCUCUGAAAGAAUUUGCUACGGGCCCCGCGUUUGCUUAAUCCGGCGCUGGUAAUACCUAUCCUACUUUAGACACCAGUUACUCACAAGCACCAGCUCCUCACAAACACCAGCUGUUAAAAAACCACUAAAUUAUGUGUCUACUGUAUCAGUUUAAGAUCUUUUGUGAGGAGAAAUAAACAGAUAUAUAUUAAAAUAAUAUAAAUUUCGCCGCAUCAUAGGUGAUCAUUUUAUAUUUAUAGCCAAUUGUUUUCUUUUCCAAUAUGAUUUAUGAAAAGCUUUUCAUUACUUCCAUUGUUAUUUACACUAAUUAGAAAAAUCAUUACUUUCUAGUUUUACUAAGGUUUUUUAGGUAACUUUUUUAGAUGUUUCAGUGAGUUAGUGAGGUGUCCGAAUGAAUUUUUAAAAUAUCAUAAUGAUGCAGGUCCAUCAAGUGAUUCAUACUAAACAUUAAGUAAAGUAAUUAAUUAAUAUAUCAUACUCAAUACAUAGAAAAAGUGAGAUUUUUACAUUGAUAUUUAAUUGUAAGUUGCCG